AUGACUCAUUACUUCUCCUGUGGAAGCUACUUCCCAGGUAAUCCUUGCUAUGGAACCGAUUUCCACAGGACCUUCAGAGCCACACUCCUGAACUGCGUCAUGCCCCUGGGCUCUCCCCUGAACUACGGUUAUGGAUGAAAUGGCUACAGCUCCCUGGGCUACAGCUUUGGUGGUAGCAACAUUAGCAACCUAGGCUAUGGCUACGGUGGCAGCUUUUGCUGGCCAUGGGGCUCUGGCUCUGGCUUUGGCUACAGCACUUACUGA